AGAAGGCCGCCAGCCAUGCAGUGGGCAUCUUGUGUCUUUCUCUCUCUGCUUCCUUUCUGUUCUGCCUUCCCCACAGAGGCAGACGAGCCAUGCGCCAGCACAUGUGGCACAGACAAGGGCCUGGUCCUGGGAGUCUAUGCCACUGAGAAAGAGGAGAAGGCUGUGCAGUUGACCAAGGCAGGAGAUGCUUUUGAUCAAGUUGUGUCUGGAAAGCUCAAAGAACUGCUGUCAAUCUCGGGGCCUCCACUGAAGAAAGGGAAGACACGCAUCUUUCAUGCCUUGCAUCAGAACUUCUCCAGCGUGGUCAUUGUUGGUUUAGGGAAGAAGGGAGCAGGAGUGAAUGAGCAAGAGAACUGGAAUGAAGACAAGGAGAAUAUCAGGGCAGCGAUUGCAGCCGGAUGCCGGCAGGUUCAGGACCUGGAGUUCCCUUACGUGGAAGUGGACCCCUGUGGCGAUCCUCAGGCGGCGGCAGAAGGAGCCAUCCUGGGGCUCUACGAAUAUGACGAGUUUAAGCAGAAGAAGAAGCCGGCAAUUGAAGUCCAGCUACAUGGAAGUGAGGGAGCAGAGGCCUGGCAGAAAGGCCUGAUCUACGCAGAGGGCCAGAACUUGGCCCGAAUCCUGAUGGAGGGCCCCGCCAACCACGUCACGCCGACCAGAUUUGCUGCCGUCAUCGGAGAGAAGCUGAAGAGCAUCAGCAGCAACGUGACGGUCCAUAUCAGGGAUCAGGCCUGGAUCGAAGCCCAGGAGAUGCGCUCCUUCCUCAGCGUCGCCAAAGGCUCUGAGGAACCUCCGGUUUUCUUAGAGAUUCACUACCAGGGCAGCAGCGACACCAAGGAGCCCCCACUGGUGUUUGUUGGGAAAGGAAUUACGUUUGAUAGUGGCGGCAUCUCCAUCAAGCCGUCGUCCAACAUGGACGCCAUGAGGGCCGAUAUGGGAGGAGCGGCGACCAUCUCCUCGGCCAUUGUGACGGCCGCGCGGCUGAAAGUCCCCAUCAACCUGAUUGGUUUGGCACCUCUGUGUGAGAACUUGCCCAGUGGGAAGGCAAACAAGCCCGGAGAUGUCGUGAGGGCCAAGAGCGGGAAGACGAUUCAGAUCGAUAACACGGAUGCAGAGGGAAGGCUGGUCUUGGCGGACGCUCUUUACUACGCACACAGCUUUAAUCCCAGGGCCAUUGUCGAUGCCGCAACGUUAACAGGUGCCAUGGAUAUUGCGCUGGGAUCUGCAGCCACCGGGGUUUUUACCAAUUCGAAACAGCUGUGGGAUCAGCUGUAUGAGGCCAGCAUCGUGACCGGGGACCGCGUCUGGAGGAUGCCUCUCUAUGAACAUUACACCAAACAGGUCACGGACGCUCCGCUUGCCGAUCUCAACAACAUUGGGAAGUACAGGUCUGGUGGCGCCUGCACAGCUGCUGCCUUCUUGAAAGAGUUCGUAACCGCCCCUCACUGGGCUCACUUGGAUAUUGCUGGCGUGAUGGAAAAUAAAGACGAAGUCCCGUACCUCCGCAAAGGCAUGGCAGGUCGCCCCACGCGGACUCUAGUCGAGUUUAUUACCCGACUGAGCCAAGACAAGAAAAGCGUCUAGGAAGUGGCUAGAUCUGCCCUUGUGUAGCCUCCAACCUUAAAACCAGUCCUUUGGUUAAUUUUGGAACUGAUUCAGAAACGAGCUAAUGUCCCCAUGGGUGUAGAUGACCUACCAAAAUACCCAAAGGACAACACGUGGUGUUUUCUGCAAAUUAAAAAAAAAAUACUAUAGUGACGGACUACAAAUUCAUUUGUAAAAGGCCCUUGCCAAACAAAGAUCUCUUAUUUUCUCCCCCUUUUUGUUAUGCCAACGAGACAUCACAGAGCCCUUUUUGUACAUUUAGUACUGAAGGAACAAUCGCAAAUCAGACUUAGAAACCGGGACUGUAAAUCUGUCACAGGCAAUAAACUUAACUUUGAAACCUGA